UGAGGCAGAGACUGUUCCCAUCCAAUUCAAAAGCAUGGCAGAAGCUAUGGUUAGCAUUGUGUUGGAUCGAUUGGCUGAUGUUAUUCAGAGACAGAUCCAAGAAGAGGUGAAUUUGGUGAGAGGAGUGAGGAAAGAAGUUGAUUAUCUGUCCUCUAAGUUGAACACAAUCAGGAAUGUGCUGGAAGAUGCAGAGAGGAGAAGGUACAAGGACAAGACAAUCCAAAGUUGGCUGAACAAGCUGGAAGACGUGUCUUAUGAUAUAGACGACGUGCUGGACGAAUGGAACUACGCUAUCCUCAAGCAUCAGAUUGAAAGGACGUCGAGCAAGCAUGAGGUCUGUCCUUUUACCCCGUCUUCUUGUUUUUGUUUCAGCAGUGUUGCAACUCGUCGGGAUAUUGCCAAGAAGAUAAAGGGGUUGAAAGAAAGGUUGGAUGGGAUUGUGAAUGAGAAAGAUGUGUUCAAUUUCAUAGUUAAUCAGCCUAUUGAUGCUCAAGAAUCAACUAGAGUUCGAUCUACUUCUUUAGUUGAUGUGUCCGACAUACAUGGCCGGGAGAACGACAGAGAUGUUCUUGUGAGCAAACUCAUGCUUGAGGCUGUUGGCCAGCAGCCUCAAGUAGGCCCUCAAGUUAUUUCGAUAGUUGGGGUGGGGGGGAUUGGGAAGACCACUCUUGCUCAACUCCUAUACAAUGAUGAUCGUCUGGUGAACUUUUUUGAAUUAAAAAUUUGGGUUUGUGUUUCUGAUGUUUUUGAUGAGGUUAGGAUUGCUAAAGCGAUUCUUGAGAUUGUGGCGGGUAAAUCCUCAGAUCUCAAUGAAUUGGAGUCCCUGCUGAAUUGUUUAAAGGACUCUAUUUCAGGGAAAAGGUUUAUUCUUGUCCUGGAUGAUGUUUGGACAGAAGACUACACCAAAUGGGAACCUUUAAAAAAUGCCCUUUACUGCAGUGACCCUGGGAGUAAAAUUUUGGUGACAACAAGGAGUCAAAGGGUUGCAAGAUUGAUGCAUACUACCGAAACUCAUCACUUAGGCCAACUAUCUGAUGAUGAUUGUUGGAUGUUAAUGAAACGGGCAGCUUUUUAUGGCAGGAGUGAGGAGGAAUGUGAGGGAUUAGAAAACAUUGGUAAGAAAAUAGCCGACAAGUGCAAGGGUUUGCCGCUUGCUGCAAAAGUCUUGGGAAGCCUUUUGCGUUUUAAAGAUACCAAAGAAGAGUGGGCGGGUAUAUUGGACAGCAAAAUAUGGGAAUUAAGGGAAGCAGAAGUUGAGCUUUUUCCUCAUUUGUUUUUGAGCUACAACGAAUUGUCUCCAUCAAUGAAGCAAUGCUUCUCAUAUUGCGCCAUAUUUCCAAAAGAUUCGAAGAUUGAUGUGGAGAUUUUGAUAAGGAUGUGGAUGGCUCUAGGUUAUCUGGGCUCAACCAGAAGCACGAGUGAGUUGGAACUUAGAGGCAAAGAGUUCUUUAACAGUUUAAGAAUGCGUUCUUUCUUUCAAGACUAUUCGGAAUUUCGUGGUAGAGUUACGUGCAAAAUGCAUGAUAUAGUGCAUGAUUUUGCUCAGUUUCUCAGGAAGACCAAAAGUCACAACCCAGAUGGCAGAGUAGAGGCAAGGAAAAAUGUGUCAUUCCAAGCUUACGAUCCGUUACUGGUUUCCCAAAUGAAGGUAUAUCGUAGCCUAAUUUUUCAAAGGGAACUUCCUUCUGAACUAUUUGAUUCUGUGACAUGCCUAAGGGUAUUAAAGUUGUGCGAAUCUGGUUUGCAAGAGAUUAUAAGGUGUACAGAAAACUUGAUUCACUUGCGGUACUUAGACCUGAGCGGAAACAAGUUGACAGCAAAUUUUCUUGGAAGAAUUUGCAAGUUGUAUAACUUGCAAACUCUCAACUUAAGCCACUGCGGGCUCAAAGAGGUUCCAAGGGUAAUUGGAAAUUUGAUUCACUUGAGGCAUCUUGACUUGAGUAGGAACCGAGACAUAGAAGAGUUGCCGGAAACCAUAUGCAACUUGCAUGAUCUAGAAACCUUGGAUCUUUCAUACUGUGGAAGACUUGUCGCUCUUCCAGAAGGGAUCGAUAGACUCAUAAACCUGAGGCACCUUCCCAAUGAUCACGCUGAAACUCUCUAUCAGAUUCCUCAAGGAUUCAAGCAAUUAACCGGCCUUCAAACGUUAAGACUGUUCUAUGCUGGAAGAGGUUGGAGCAAAUUAGGAUACUUGAAGAAGUUGGACCAACUCAGUGGAUCUCUGGAGCUGAAAAUAAGGCUUUGCGAUAGAGAAGAUGUGGAUGAGGCCUGGAAUGCAGAACUGAGAAACAAGAUACAUAUCCGGAGCCUGACAAUUUGGUUUGUUGAUGCAAUAGGGAGAGCAGAACAAGACGAGAUGGUAAGAAAUGAAGCACUGGUGGCCCUGCAGCCGCAUCCAAACUUGCAUUCUUUGACGAUUCUUGAUUACCGGGGGACACAGUUCCCAGGUUGGAUCAGCUCAUAUCUCAACCAUCUAAGAAUUCUUCGUAUUGAAGAUUGCAAUUACAUCUCAACCUUACCUUGUUUGGGAAAGUUGCCGGAGUUGGAAGAGCUUUCAGUGGGGACAAUGAGGAAGUUGAAGUUUGUGGGCCGGGAAUUCCUGGGAAUAGCAGGGGAUAUCGAUGGCUCAAUGGCAUCGUCAAGUGUCGUGAUAAGGUUUCCUAAGUUGAAGAAACUGAGUUUCUGGAACUGUCCAAGGUGGAAAGAAUGGGAAGACAUAACGGCUGAAGAAGAAGGUAGCGCUACUGUGUCGAUAAUGCCAUGUCUCAAGGAGUUGAAGAUCGAUGAUUGCUGGUUAACGCAGCUACCACAUCGGCUCCUACGUAAGGUAUCGGUCGAGAAUUUGACGGUCCAGGAUUUUCCACCUAUACAGAAAGAAGGGUUUUGGCUGGAAGAUCAAAGUGCCAGAUUCCGGCCACUUAGAAGGAGCUAUUUACAGCGGAUGGCACUCUACUAGCCCUAUUAGACUCCACUCUCAAUGUUUAUGGAUAGUUUUGUUCCUUCAUUUGUUCUAAUAUGUUCAUCAGACAAAUUCUCUUUUAUAUUUAUUUGAAGUUUACAAGACAGAGUCAUGCUCAUUUCAGUCAUUCAAAUGAAACUGGUAGUGAACUGGGCAUGUAUAUACAAAAAGCACUUUUAAAUAA